UUACUUUUGAGUGUCGCGGGAAAUCCUUUGACGUCAGAGUUACUGGAGAGACAUGCCUCUGAAUGAAUAAUAAAUAUAAAGCCAAUCACUGGAAAGCCUCGACUUGGUCACGUGACACAGUACAAGAGGGGUAUCUCAAACAGUGUAGACCUUCUAGAUCUAGAAAAUUAUGAGGGAAUACUAGACUUCAGAUCAUCUUGUAGGACGUGGUGUCCAUUUCCUUUUUAUCAAUUCAAUAAUUUGACCAGAAAUUUAUGAUUGUAGUUUAUUUAUUAAACCACAAGAUCGAAGCAUAGAGAGUUGAUUUUUCUCAAGAAGAGCACAUAAGUAAUGUGCUGAACAGGUUGCCAUAGUUCCAUUUGAUGGCAACUGACAAAAACAUGGCAGCAGCAACACCAGAUAUGGUUGAUGGGAGGCCCGCUGAAUAUGGCCUUACCCUUAAAGAGCUGCGGGAGCUGAUGGAACAUAGAGGAGCAGAGGGUUUACAGCUCAUACAAACAAAAUAUAAUGGGGUUUUAGAUAUGUGUAAAAAAUUAUAUACUUCUCCUAAUGAAGGUUUAUCAGGAAAUCCAGCUGAUUUAGAACACAGGAGAUUAAUAUUUGGUUCUAAUGUUAUACCUCCUAAAGCGCCAAAGUCAUUUUUACAACUAGUGUGGGAAGCUUUGCAAGAUGUAACUUUGAUAAUCUUAAUGGUUGCUGCAAUAAUUUCAUUAGGAUUAUCUUUUUAUAAACCACCUCCAGAUCCUGGUCAAGGUGAUAAUGAACCAGAGUAUUAUGAGGGAGCGGAUGGUGACUCCAGUGUGGAAGAAGCUGCAGGCUGGAUUGAUGGUCUGGCUAUUUUAGUGGCUGUAGCAGUAGUUGUUUUAGUGACUGCUUUUAAUGAUUGGAGUAAAGAAAAACAAUUUAGAGGACUUCAAAAUAAAAUUGAAUGUGAACACAAAUUUCUAACAAUUCGUGGAGGUGAAGUAUUACAGAUAUCUGUAGGAGAUUUAGUAGUUGGUGAUAUUUGUCAAGUUAAAUAUGGUGAUCUCUUACCAGCUGAUGGUGUUGUGAUACAAAGUAAUGAUCUUAAAGUGGACGAGAGUUCACUUACAGGAGAGUCAGACCAUGUUAAAAAAGGCGAGGCCACUGAUCCUCUCUUACUCUCAGGUACUCAUGUUAUGGAGGGUAGUGGAAAAAUGUUGGUUACUGCUGUCGGUCCUAAUUCUCAAACUGGUAUCAUCUUCGCUUUACUUGGUGCCUCACAUGAAGAAGAAGAAAAAGAAAAGAAGAAGAAGAAGGAAAAGGGUCCUAAUAAUAGUGCUUCAGAUACUGGUCCCAGACCAAACACCCUAGGACAGAAUACACCAUUGCUAUCAAAUGAAGCUGAAACUAAAGUGGAUAUUGAUAGUGUUGUAUCUAAAACCAACACAGGCAACUCUCAUGCAAAUAUCAACAAACAUGAUUUGAAUAAGAAUACACCUACUAUACCUGAAGAAGUAGAAGCUAGUGCCAAGGAGGAGGAAGAAGAAAAGAAGAGUAGUAGUAGGAAAGAAAAAUCUGUUCUUCAAUCGAAACUUACUCGCUUAGCUAUUCAAAUUGGAUAUGCAGGUACUGCCAUUGCUGUUUUAACUGUUAUUAUACUUAUUGUCAAAUUCUCUGUUACUGAGUUUGUAAUAAAGAAGGAAGAGUGGACGGCGGAGAAGACUGGAAGAUAUUUAGAAUUAUUUGUAAAAUAUUUUAUUAUUGGUGUAACUGUAUUGGUCGUAGCUGUGCCAGAAGGUCUACCAUUGGCUGUCACACUAGCUCUUGCCUAUUCCGUUAAGAAAAUGAUGAAAGACAAUAAUUUGGUACGACAUUUAGAUGCUUGUGAAACUAUGGGUAAUGCUACAGCUAUUUGUUCAGAUAAAACUGGUACAUUAACAACUAACAGAAUGACAUCUGUGAAAAGCUAUAUUGGAGGCAAAUUUAGUACACCAGCACCAAGGUUUAAUGAGCUUGAAAGUAAACUAGGCCAGUUGAUUAUAAGGUCUAUUGCUAUCAACAGUGGUUAUACAUCGAAAAAUAUGCCACCCGAUCAAGAAGGAGGACUACCUAAACAAGUGGGUAAUAAAACAGAAUGUGCGUUAUUAGGUUUUGUUACGGAGAUGGGACAGAGUUAUGAUAGUAUUCGUAGUGAAGUACCAGAAGAAGUGUUAGUCAAGGUGUACACCUUUAACUCCAGUCGUAAAUCCAUGAGUACAGUAGUUAAUAUAGAAAAUGGCUAUCGAGUCUUCAGUAAAGGAGCUUCAGAAAUUAUUCUCAAGAAGUGUGACUUCAUCAUGACUGCAGAGGGAAAACCAAAAUCUUUUAAUGUACGAGAACAAGAAAAGAUGGUGCAAGAGGUCAUUGAACCAAUGGCUAGUGAUGGUCUACGAACCAUUUGUAUAGCUUAUAAAGAUUAUGUUAAAGGAAAUGCUGAAAUGAAUGAAGUUAAUUAUGAUGCUGAUCCAGAUUGGGAAGAUGAGAAUCAUAUUAUAGCAGGAUUAACCUGUCUUUGUGUUAUUGGUAUUGAAGAUCCAGUAAGAGAUGAGGUACCACAAGCUAUUAAGAAAUGUAAGGCAGCUGGUAUUUGUGUACGAAUGGUAACAGGUGAUAAUGUAAACACAGCUAGGUCUAUUGCUACCAAAUGUGGUAUAUUAAAACCUGGUGAAGAUUUCUUGGUUUUAGAAGGAAAAGAAUUUAACCGUUUGAUCCGAGAUCCAUCAUCAGGCGAAGUACGACAAGAGUUAUUAGAUGAUGUAUGGCCCAGAUUACGUGUAUUAGCCCGAUCAUCUCCCCAGGAUAAAUACAUACUAGUAAAAGGAAUUAUUGACAGUAAAAUAACAUCUAAUAGAGAGGUAGUUGCUGUUACUGGUGAUGGUACUAAUGAUGGACCUGCUCUGAAAAAAGCUGAUGUUGGAUUUGCUAUGGGUAUAUCUGGAACAGAUGUGGCUAAAGAAGCAUCGGAUAUUAUUUUAACUGAUGAUAACUUUACUAGUAUUGUUAAAGCUGUAAUGUGGGGAAGAAAUGUCUACGACAGUAUUGCUAAAUUCUUACAGUUUCAGUUAACGGUCAAUGUAGUAGCUGUAUUGGUUGCAUUCUUCGGUGCUUGUAUUAUUAAUGACAGCCCUCUGAAAGCUAUUCAGAUGUUAUGGGUAAACUUAAUUAUGGAUACCCUAGCUUCUCUUGCCCUGGCUACUGAACUCCCAAGUGCAGAACUGUUGGAAAGAAAACCAUAUGGUCGUACCACAGCUCUCAUAUCUAGUACAAUGUGGAAAAAUAUUUUAGGUGGUGCCAUAUAUCAACUUGUUGUUAUCUUUGUUUUGUUGUUUGCUGGUCCUGAAUUAUUUCAAAUUGAUGAUGGAAAAAUCAACACAUCUGUUCAUGCUCCAUCAACACAACAUUUUACCAUUAUUUUUAACUCUUUUGUUAUGAUGACAUUAUUUAAUGAAGUUAAUGCAAGAAAAAUACAUGGUCAACGUAAUGUUGUAAUAGGACUACAACGUAAUCCAGUAUUUGUUGUAAUAUGGAUAGGAACAAUGAUAUCUCAGAUUAUUAUAGUACAGUUUGGUGGUAUUGCCUUCCAUACUAAAGGAUUAACAUUAGAACAAUGGUUUUGGUGUAUAUUCUUAGGUGUAGGAACACUGCUGUGGGCUCAGAUAGUAACAUGUAUACCAACACAUAGACUGCCUGUUAUUAAAUGUCCAUGUAUGAAAGAUGAAGAAGAACAUCAUCAUGAAGAUUUGAUAGAUGGAGAUAUUGCUAAUGAUGAUCGCCGUGGACAAAUAUUAUGGGUUAGAGGUCUGACACGUCUGCAACAGCAGAUCCGUGUUGUAAAUGCUUUCCAAAUGGAUUUAGAUUCCACUCAUAUGGACAGCUAUGACAAGCGUAGUCGACCUUCCGUUAUUAGUCUACAAUCGCUGCAGGCUCAACGGUCGGGCAUCGCAAAAAAACCCAUUCUAGCCAGUUCUCCUGAAGUGGAUGAAUCCCCCUCCUCCCCAUGGUUUGGACGAAGUGAGAGCAUCCCAUAUGCGGAUGAAUAAUGAAAAACAUGCACUUAGCACUUUCCAAAAUUGAAAUUCCCAUAUAUAUGUUAUAAAAGACAAGUGGGUGUGUUAGAGUAGCUAACUUUUCAUACGUUAUUUCAACACAUCUAUAUUGUCUGGGUCCUUUAUUUAUAAAAAGAUGGGAUUUUCUUUUGUUUUCUGUAAACAUUCUUGUCAUCCCAGUGUUAAAAUUUGCGUGUCGUAUUAUUAAUGUUAUAGAAUAUAAAAAGCAGCGGCACGAAUGAUCUAGAAUUUAGUCGCAAGACUGCUGAUAGAAAUUUAAACUUUUAUUUUUACUUUAUGUUUUAUUCUUGAGGUCAUAUCAUUUAAGUUCCAAGUUGAAUGUUAGAAAACCAUUUAAAUGUAUGUAAUAUUGGCCAUUUUACUUGUAUAUUUAUUGUAAUAAACUGUUAAUAGAUAACAUCAUAAUAUAGUCUAUUUAAUAACAAUAAAAAAAAAACAACCACAGAUUUAAUUUGAUUAGGUUAUUAUUUAAACAGAUGCUAUAAACUACUGUAAAAGCAUGCCAAAUCAUACACAACAAGAUCUCAGUCCUCAUUAAUUUAUAAAAAUUGAUAUAAGUAUAGAAUGUUAGGUUUUGGCAAAUACAUACCCUAAUAAUAUUUAUUAUAUAGUUUAUAUAUAUAUAUACAGAAGCUGUAAAAAGUCGGCCUUCAUGUUCGCAAACAUUGGUGUAAACUUUAUCUCAGGGACCAAUGAUUUUGUGAACACUAUUUAUUGGCACCCAUAUACAUGUAUGUAAGUCUUUAUUUAUUAUCAAAUAAAUGAUUUUCAAUUUGGAACUUGAUUAAAAAGAACAGCAAAAAAUACGUAUAUACUAAUGGAAUACAAAGGGCAUUUUGUUUCAUGGUGGCCAUUACUCUUUGUUUCAUCCUGUGCUAAAUAUUUGAAAUAUCUUAGUUUGGGAUUAUUAUUUGCCCCAUGCAACAGACAGUUGUGUACAUAAAAUAUCCAAAUCUUUACCAUGAUAAAUCCUUUACAACUGUUAGUUGGAACAAUAAUAAGAUAAAAUUCUGGAAAUCCGAUUUUCUGAAAGAUGUUAUAUCUGUUGUGUUGGAAACAGUCAAACAUUGUAAUUGUUGAUUAUAAUGACAUUAUACAAGGAAUUUGCUAAGUAAAGUAAGUAUUAAAAGUAUUAUUUUUAUUAGAAAUGUUUAAUUAUGAGUGAAAUGAAUGUUUUAGUAAGUUUUACAUGUACACAAUUUUAGUUAUUAAUUUGUAAAAGCCACUAGAAAAAUGUUCACAAACUACACAUUAAGUUCCGCUUUUUAUGGCCACCAUGUCCACAAAUAGUUUUUAUGUUCACAGAUAUUUUAUUUUUAAGUUUCUCUCCUAAGUUUGCAUGUGUUUGAAAUGUUCAACACACAACAUUUUUAUGCUGUACGUUUUAUUUUAUUGUCAUCCCCAUGUCUUUCAUUGCUUUCCAACCAAUUUUUUUAUUAUAUAGAGUAGCCAGGUUUUAUUCGAUUACAUACCGGUAUUUUAAAAGUCAUUUGAUUUCCAUACAUUUGCUCAGAUUUGCCACAAAGCCAGGCACCAUUCCUGGGAAAUACCUUCAAAAGCUUUUAGCCCCUUACUAUUAUUUUUUAGGGGGUUAGCAUUCACAAUUUUAUUUUAAUACGCAAUUUAGAUCAGCUCCUUCCCUUAUCCUUCAUGCUUUAGCAUAUAUAAAAAAAAUAUUAGAAAUGUUUAAAACAUCAUUUUGCCAAAGCACUGCUCAGAAGAGUAAUUAUCAAAAAAAGAAAUGAAGUGUGACAUUUUGUGUUUUUAAAUUUAAUAAUAUAUGAGAAUAUAAAAGGAAUGACUUAAGACAAAAGGCAGUACAACAGCAUUAUGAUGUGAUAACCACCAUUGUGUAACCAUAGUGAUGAUAAAUGAUUAAAGAUGGCGAGAAAAGAAAAUGGUGACAUGAAGAAUUUUAUUUCUAAUAUUAUACCUCAUAGAAAAUGUAAGAAGAAUGUUUCUUCUUUGAUAGAACUUCCUAGAAAUUUAAUCAAAGAUCUUAUUAGUUUUUUUUUUUAUUAUUAUUAUGUGUACAUCUUGUAGUUUAUGAAAUCUUUGUAGAUCAGUUUUAAAAGUGUAAAACUAUGGUAUGUUAAAAUUCUCAACAUUUAGUAUUAAGAAAAUAUAUUAGCAUUAAUAAUGUUGUGUGUGUAAAUUCCUAUUAUAUUUUUAUUUACAACUAGUUUAUAAAAAGCAUUAAUAUAUAUGCAGUAAAUAUGCCCACUCCACACCCCCUACCAAACAGCUCACAUUUAUUACCAUCAUACAUGUAUAUAAGUACACAGAAAGUAUGUACAGUAAAUAUUACAUUGGUUAAUUUAUAUAUAUGUGGGUUGUACUCAUCAAUUUAUAUCAACUUUUAAUAAUAUCUUUGGAAUAUUUAACCCUCCCUUUAUCAUUCAUUUUAUUUAUAUUAAACAUAACUUGAUUGUACAUUGAUGUUUAAUUUCUUUUUUUCCCCAUAUAUUAGAAUAUGUGUAACAUGUUUUUUUUUUAUAGAAAUACAUGUACCUUUCUUAGUGUGUUUGAGCCCAGGGUAUAUGUGGGUAUCUUAUACUUGCAUACAUGUACAAUGUACAUAUUAAUAAUGUAUGUAUAUAUAUCAUAAGAACAAUUUUUAAAUAUCAUGUUAAAGCUUAUAUUAUUAAUUUAUUCGGUUAGAAGAUAAAACCCCUUUACAUGCCAUAAUUGUCUUUUUAAAUCUACAUGUAUUUAUGCUAUGUGUAGUUUAUAUGCUGAAAUGUUUAUUAUGCACUAGUUAGGGCUACUUAUAACAGAAUUCCACACCCCCACCCCCCAAAUUUUUAAUACAUGUACUUUUAUAGACAUGUCUACAAAAGAUUAUUUUUGAUUCAUAUUUUUUAAUUAAAAACAGAUAAAUUUUAACACAAAAAUUGCCAAAAUAUGUUAUUCAAACUGUUGAAAAAUAGAAUUUUCUUUGUUUUUAUAUUUUCUGUUAUAUUAUUAAACGUUGUAUUGCUAUGUAUGAUCUACAUCACAAUAUAAUGUAAUGCUAAUAUUUCAUCCCACUGUAAUUCGGUUACCUACCUUUUCAUAACCAGAAUUCUUGUUGUCUGUGUUCAGUGUUCACACAUUUCAUUGACAAUGAUAUGCUCAGUUAUUUCAAAUCCAGUUAUUGAUGACUGGUUACACAAAGUUUUGACUUCUAUUGAGAGGUAAUUUUUAGUUCUUGUUAAAUAAUGUGUUGACUAUAUACUGAUGAUUUCUGUGUGUAGAUACAAUUACUGGCCUGCAAAGGCAAGAAAUCCAGAUAUUUUAUUGGGGUAACUCAUUAUUGAAAAAAAGGUUCAAAAUGUAACUUACUAUUUAUUACUAUGACACUUGCAGUAAAUUUUGUGAAGAAUAUUAAAAUUUAGAUACUAAGUAUUUAAAAAAUAUCCAUUAUAUUGAAUUGAUUAUUUUUGUAUUAUAUGAAUUUAAGACUAUGAGGACCUGUACAGCACAUCAGAAAUUUUAUGUUAUAUGAUAAAAAAAUUCAAUGGAUAAAAACAUGUAUAUGUUCUAGAGGAACAUGUAGAUUAAAUCUAAAUUUUUUUGAGUGAACUAUUCUAUGAUAAGGUAUAAUGAUAAUUUACUAAGAAUAAGGAAAUAUUUUUCUCUUAUAAUAUAAUUCACAGUGGCCAUUUUAGUUAUGGAGUGUUUAUUUGCUUUGUUCAUACUACAUAACAUAGAUAUCUAUUGCAUUUUGAUUUUUUUGAAUGCUACAUACCUCAAGCGUAUAUAUAUAUAUAUAUAUAUCUAUUUAUUUACUUUUAACAUUUUCAAAAGUAACAAUUCCCGUUUCCUAAGUAAAACUGAGUCCUGUUUUAUUACUUAGCCCCUCAAAAAAAAAUAUAAAUAAAAAUGGAAAAAAAAAAUCACAGUAAAUAAACUAGAGUGAUAUUAUGUCUUCAACCAUGUUAAAUAAUUGUUGGCCAUUUUGUGUGAUUUUAGGUCUGUUUAUUUUAUCUAUUUUAGAUCAGCCAAGACAUUAGACUGUACAUAAUGUGACUAACUUAUGUCUUGUUACUUUUAUUCUUUUGGGAAUUCAAUUUCUCAAUUCGAUUGAUGCAGAAGUGUGUUGUAGUAGAGCCAUUGUUAUAUUAAACCUUUUGUAUGAAAAUAGAA